UUCAUGCCUGAAUAGACUAUCCCCUCCCCCCGCCUGAUGUGAUCAAGUGAAUAUGAAGAAGGAAGGAUAGAAAAAUAAAAAUGAAAAGGUUAAGUAUGGAAAGAAGGACAAAGUGGUAAAGUAAAUGAACAAAGGGAAAAUGGGAGGUAACUCAUCUCUGCUGACUCUUCAAGUGCUCACAGACACACAAAGCAAAACGGAGGAGUGGUGUGUGUAUGUUCAGCGCGUGUGUGCUGCCAGCUCUGUGAUUGGUGGAACGUUUCUAGAUGCACCAACAGCCAAAGGAAGCUGAGAACAGAGGAGGAGAGAGAGGCUGCAGAUAGAGGCGAGAAUACAAAGAGAGUGUGAAUGUGGGUGUGAGUUAGUGAGAGUGUGUACGCUGCGACCUGACAUGUGUGUGUUCGUCUGGAUGUGUGUGCAGUUGCAAGCUUAGAAGAGACCUGGUAUCAUUGCCUUCCUUGUGGGGAAAUGACACCCACUUAUUAGCCGUUAGCCUGCAGUUUAGCCCCGGCCCAGUUUGGCCCGGUCCGGAGUCUGCCUGGAGGUGAGGAUGGAGCGGUUCUUGGCCCUGCUGCGCCUGCUGAGCAGGAGGAGGAGAGGGAGGAGAUACCGGGCAGACGACGAUUACCAGGAAGGCUAUGAAGAUGUUUACUACUACACCAGCAAGUACAACACACACCUACUGAAUGAGGGGCCAUACACCAAACACUCGGCUGGAUCAAGGCCCCCAGAUGGAGCGCUGGCCAUCAGGCGGCAAAGCAUACCAGAUGAGUUUCGGGGAUGUUCAGUGGUGGAGCUGAUGAAAAAGGAGGGUACCACCCUCGGACUGACAGUGUCUGGUGGCAUCGACAAGGAUGGGAAACCACGGGUUUCAAAUCUGCGACAAGGAGGCAUCGCCGCCAGAAGUGAUCAGCUGAACGUCGGCGACUAUAUCCGCUCAGUCAAUGGUAUCAACUUGGCCAAAUUCAGGCACGACGAGAUCAUCAGUUUGCUGAAAAACGUCGGCGAGCGGGUCGUCCUGGAAGUGGAGUAUGAACUGCCGCCUGUCUCCGUGCAGGGGUCAGGGGUCAUGUUCAAGAACGUGGAAGUCACACUUCACAAGGAGGGAAACAGUUUCGGCUUUGUCAUCAGAGGUGGAGCGUAUGAAGACAGGAACAAGUCUCGUCCUGUCGUCAUAACAACCAUUCGGCCAGGUGGGCCGGCUGACAGGGAGGGAACCAUCAAACCUGGCGAUCGGUUACUCAGCAUCGAUGGGAUUCGACUUCAUGGUAGCACUCUGUCAGAAGCCAUGAGCAUCCUGAAGCAGUGUGGACAGGAGGCCACGCUGCUGAUCGAGUAUGACGUUUCUGUUAUGGACUCGGUUGCCACGGCGUCUGGCCCACUGCUGGUGGAAGUUGCCAAGGCGACGGGCUCGAGCCUAGGUGUGGCUUUGUCCACGUCCAUGUUCUGCAGCAAGCAGGUUAUCAUCAUUGACAAAGUCAAACCAGCAAGUAUUGCUGACAGGUGUGGCGCUCUUCAUGCAGGAGAUCACAUCCUGUCUGUCGAUGGAAAGUCCAUGGAGUUUUGUUCUCUGGCGGACGCCACUCAGCUGCUUGCUAAUUCUUGUCAGACUGUGCGUCUCGAGAUCCUGCCUCAGCACCAGGCCCGACCAGCCCUGAACGCACCACAGCAUGUCAAGGUGCAGCGUAGUCCCCGUCCCCUUCCCUGGGAGACCAGCGGCUCCACCCCCAUCCUCCCCCCUUACCACUACAACACGUACCACCCUGACCAAUCAGGUGCCAGGUCGCACAACCGUCAUGCAACCAACCCUCCGCUCAGCCACUCCUUCUCGCCUGGCUCCAUGUCAGCCUAUAGUCUUUCCUCCUUGAACAUGAACACUGUGCCCAGGAACAUGUACCCCACAAGUCCUCGGGGAACCCUGAUGAGGAGGAAGGGCAAAAAGAAGGACUUCAAGAGCUCCUUGUCUCUGGCGUCAAGCACUGUAGGCCUCGCGGGUCAGGUCGUUCACACGGAAACCACUGAAGUGAUGUUGCUAGGCGACGGCAUCAUGGGGUUUGGCCUGCAGCUGCAGGGUGGUGUCUUUGCCACAGAAACUUUGUCUUCACCUCCACUAAUCGCCUACAUUGACCCUGACAGCCCAGCAGAGAGAUGUGGUAUCCUGCAGAUCGGUGACAGGAUUUUAUCCAUAAAUGGAGUUCCUACAGAAGACUCCACACUGGAGGAAACCAAUCAGCUGCUCAGAGACUCCUCCAUCACAGCUCAGCUCACGCUGGAGAUUGAGUUCGACGUGGCAGAGUCUGUUAUUCCAUCUUCUGGAACCUUCCAUGUGAAGCUUCCAAAGAAACCCGGUGUAGAAUUGGGAAUCACCAUCAGCUCUCCGUCCAACAGGAAACCAGGCGAUCCUCUGAUCAUCUCUGACAUCAAGAAAGGCAGUGUCGCUCACAGGACGGGGACGCUAGAGCUGGGAGACAAGCUGCUGGCCAUCGACAAUAUCCGAGUGGAGAACUGCUCCAUGGAGGAGGCCGUCCAGAUCCUCCAGCAGUGUGAGGAACUUGUGAAACUGAAGAUCCGCAAAGAUGAAGACAAUUCAGACGAGCAGGAAGUUUCUGGAAGCAUCAUUUACACAGUAGAGCUGCAGCGCUAUGGCGGCCCGCUGGGAAUCACCAUCUCCGGCACAGAGGAACCCUUUGAUCCCAUCAUUAUCUCCUCACUGAGCAAAGGAGGCCUGGCAGAGAGGACUGGAGCCAUCCACGUCGGCGAUCGCAUCCUGGCCAUUAACAGCAGCAGUCUAAAGGGGAAACCUCUGAGUGAAGCCAUCAGUCUGCUGCAGCAGGCCGGAGAGACUGUGACUCUGAAGAUCAAGAAGCAGGGCGAGUUGUCAAGUCCAAAGUCUUGUGUCAUCGGCACCGGACUGGGACUAGGACUUAGCCAGGAGCAUCAGGAUGGGGAGGAUGAGCCUGUCAUCGUGGUCGCGCCACCAUCCAGUCAGAGGCUUUUUAGUACUCUGCCCUCCGUCGAUAGUGCUGUGGAGUCCUGGGAUGGAUCCAACAUUGAUAGCACCUUCACUAGUCCAGCGCCUACAUUUCAGUCGUCACCCUACAGCUUCCACGAGUGGCGCAAUACCAAAAGCAACAACCACUCGUCGUCCUCCGUUCGCCAGAGAGUUAACCCGCUUUCAGAUUUGGGCCUGAACAACGACGACUGGGACCAUGCAACACUUGGAGGAGCCUGCAAUCUGCCCAGCGGUCUUAUCACAGACAGCAGGUUCACUGUUGGUCAUGAUGGGACUGAACCAGACCAAGAGGAGAACUUCUGGUCUCAGGCGCUAGAAGACCUGGAGACCUGUGGCCAGAGUGGGAUCCUCAGAGAGCUAGAGGCAACCAUCAUGUCAGGCUCCAGCCUCAGCCUGAAUCACGACCCCACCCCUCUGCGCAGCACCCUGGGACGCCAGGCCAGUUUCCAGGAACGUAGCAGUUCCAGACCUCAGGUGACGGCCCGGUCCAACACGCUGCCCUCUGACCCGCAGCGCAGAGCCUUUGCUAUGAGGAAGAUGAGGCAGGAGGUCAAUGAAAUCCUGAACCAGAAUCCUGUGGAACUUCACAAGCUGACUCUGGAGAAGGCCACUGAUGUGGAGGAUUUUGGAUUCAGUGUGUCGGAUGGAAUGCUGGACCGAGGAGUUUACGUCAACAACAUUCGACUGGGAGGCCCAGCAGAGCGUGGUGGCCUUCAAGCCUUCGACAGAAUUCUGCAGAUUAACCACGUUCGGACACGAGACUUUGACUGCUGCCUGGUGGUUCCCCUGAUUGCAGACUCUUCAAACCGGUUGGAGCUGGUCAUCAGUCGGAACCCCUCCUCCUCGGCCAACGUGCUUGUCAAUCACAUGGACGAAACCAACAGCACUAACCACUCAUCUCAGCCAGUCAGCAGUGAGUCAGGACCAUCGGAGCUCUCUAUGGAGCAGGGGGGUGACGUCUGCCCCAUCAAGUGGAGCAAACCGGGAGACGGGCUCGGCAUUAGUAUCGGCAUGGCACAAGUUAACAACAGUUCCUUAUAGCAGACAAAGCCACGGCAAAGCCAGUAUAUUCUAACCAGGCUCAUCCAGGGGGUCAAGGAUGAGCGUAAACUGGUUUCUACCCAACUGGUGACAGUCCCAUGGUGCUACACGCCUCCAGUGGACAAACUUUCACCCUUGUCCGCUGACCUUUGACCCAUGAACUGCUGACGCAGCCCGAAAGCACAUGACAGACCCUCCUGAGACCAUGCACACUGGAUCAUCUGGUAUCCCUGCAACAAGAACGAUGCCAUCUAGAUCCUGCGGGGUUACUGGUCCAGCCUGAGCACUGGUGGGUUUACCGGUCCAGAUUAAUGGUUACUGGCUCAAGUAGUGCUGCUAUUGGUUCUAUGCUCAGACCUAAAGCUGCUUGAACGACAGAAAUCAAGUCCAUUGUUAUCGAUUGAUGUUCAUUGGGCCAGAACCCGUAGUCUAACCGUUGGUGGUACUGAUCACGUUACUUCUAAAAAGCACCUCCUUGUGGUCUGACAUGUUGUUCUGAUUUGAAGUCCUUGAAGAACCAAGACAUUGACCACUGCAGCACAAAGUACAAUGGAGCUUCAGUCCACAGCUGGACAGACAGGUUGCCAUGGAGACAGGGGAUGCUCCGAUCAGAGUGUUUAUUGCCAAUACUGUUUUCAUAUGUCUCCUCUAGUACCUACAGCCUCCCGAAGAAAAAGAAACCGCACCCAGUGGGUUCUAUUUGUUCCAUCUGGAAUCCACGCAGAUUCCCCUUCUCCUGUAUAGAAAGUGAAUUUUAAGUCUAGAAUUAGAUGCAGAUGAAAACGCUGCGGCGGAAAUGAUUGCGAGUGUAAAUAUGUUGUUGAUAUGGUUAGAGAACGAGGAUUAUUUAUGAAAAAGUUCCUAACAUCUCGUUGAUCAAGGCCUGUAUUUAUCAAGCUAAUGGUAUAGUCGAUGGUAUGCUAUGUACUGCAAGGUUGGUGUUUUAUUCACAGAAAGGAAUUGCUUUGUGAUUAUUCAGGUUGUGUUUGAGUUGGGCCAGAGUUGCUUUAUCAAAUAUUCACUGAGGCCUAAUGCGCUGAUGGUCCAGGUGCGAAAGAGCGGGAAAACUAGAACGUGACUGAGACAGAUAUAAGAGUGGGGCGUGCAUAGGCUAAGGACAGGGACCCCUAAGAUCUGAAAGGCAAUAUUAUUGUGGGAUAUUCAUGUUAGUUCUUCUAAAUUCUAAGAUGAUUCUGUUGCUUCAACAGGGCAGUGUGGGAAUGCUGUCUGAUCUGGAGGUUAUAAUGAUUUUAAAACAUUUUUUUGUUGUUAGCCGCCUUGGUCUGUAACAUUAUGAAGUGCUUUUAUUGUUCUACAUCUUAAGGGCAUUUUAUCUAGACAGGCUGCACUUGAUGAUCUAUGUUUUGUAUGUUUUCGGUGAAGCAAUACACAUCACAAGAGGCCUCCUAUUCACUCUAUUAUCAUCCAGUAUCGUUGAGUCCAGGACUGAAUCCAAGACUAUUGCUAAGUGUUGUAGUUUCAAUUUGCCCUGCUGCUUUUAUUGUUUGUUUCCUGUUCUGUUUUUUUUUUUUUUUUUUUAUCGUAGUUUAGAUCAACAUACGCUGUGAUUUGAUAAAUACAGGCCUUCGUACUUUAAAUUAUUCCCCUCUAUGAUGGUUUGUCGUGUCAUUUCUGAAAGCUUUAUAUUUGAGGAAAGACUAUUUACAUAAUCAUACAAGUUACACAUAAAAAGAAAAACACAUAUGUGUCAACCUUUAGUGAAUAUUUAAUGAUUUUAUACAUCAGAAUCUUUUGUUAUGGGGUUGCUCAGUAGGAGUUGUCAAGCUCUUUUCAUGGGUACGGGUAAAGUUUGUGUGGCCAUGAAGACGUUGGCAGCGGAACAAAAAAACAACAAAACAAAUAACACUGUGAGGACUUUUCCUUGACUGUUUUUAUUUAAUAGCAGUAAGUAUGUGUCGUUUAUAUUGAUAUUGAUAUGAUCGGAGCAUCCCUCAAAGGGUUUAUCGUUUAGUUGUGCCAUGAUGGAGCUGCACAAAGAGGAGUGAUGAUGAUGAUGAUGAUGAAACACUGAGCAGUUCAAUAAGAUUCUUUUUUUCUACUGUUUACACCUGUUCGACUGGCCACACUGUGUGUGUGUGAGUGUGUGCGUGUGUGUGUGCGCGCGUGUGUGUUUGGCCAGUAAAACCCACUCACUGUACGUUCUUGUCUUGGCUUGUCCCGCAAAUCUACUCCUUUCAACAAGAAGAGACUCUGAGCAAUUCUGAUGAUUGGCUGGACCCAAUCGGAGCGGAUUAGAAAACUAUCUUUUCCUCUGCAAAUGGUUGGUCCCUUCGCACGAACCAACCAAUCUGCCAAGAGGAAGCAACCAAGCAUGCCCUGCCCCCAAGCCCCUCCACACCCCUCCACAGUGCUCUAUUAUGCUAAAUGAUUGGUGUUUUUGAUUGACUGUUGUCAGUUUCUCUGUUUGUUUCAAGUUGACUGAGCCUAAAAAGUUGUAAAAUAGAUUUUGAAAAUGGCUCAGUUUGUUGCUGUUCACAUGACACCCUGGAAACAUUCACUUCAUAACCUUGAAAGACAUGAUGUUACAAACACAAAAAAAAAAACAAGUGCGUGCCUGCGUGUGUUUUUGUGUGUCAUGCAGUGACGUCAACUCCUGCGAUCACCCCAAUCUUAAAACUGACUUUUUUGACAGUGAACAAAACAAUAACAAGUCUGCUCUGAGAAUAGUUCUGAAAUGGAAGCUGUGAUUGGCUGUUACUGACUUAUUAUGGUGCGUUUAUGUGCUUCUUACAUUUUUUUAAAGGAGAUUCUUCCCUUUAAAUUCUGUUUUGCUCACUUUUGUCAGCGAUGAGCAUUUCAUUAUUAAGAUUAUUUAGAAAUGAAGUGUCGAGGCUCCCGAUCAAUGAGAAACAGCUGUUCCUUGACAUUGCGAAAAUCAGUUGAGGUGGUUUGGAGAUGUUCUGAACACCUCAGUGUUCUGCCAGAAGAGCUGGGUGAGGCUUAUGGUGAAAACCACCCUCGUGCUUGCGAGGCAACAGUAGAUUACCGCCUAUUGCAUUUACUACGUGUGAGCACAAUUGACUAUGAAUUCAUUGUGGCAAUAAUGGAACAAACUACUGCACAAAAACGCACUCAUAAUAAAAACUGCUGUCUUGAACUGUGAAUUUUUGAGCGCAGUUCUGGCACAUUGCUAGUAUAUGACUACGAAACUUGGCUAACUAUUGGCUAUUUGGCACAAAUGUCUAAUGCUAGCUUUGUCAAUUUUGUGCAAUAUUUCUGAUCACUUUUGAAUCGAUUUGGCCUUGACAAUACAUAACUGUUUUUAAUUUGGGAAGUAAAGCAAAAUGUAAAGCUCACCGCUUCACGGUUGCUUCACUAAUUGUGGUUUGAAAUCUUGCUCUUAUGCAGAUAAUGAAUGAUGAAUUCAUAUGGUAAAGAUUUGUGUCAUCCCAAAAGCACAUUGUGUGUAACGUUUGCUCAAAACCUGCAAAAAAACAAUUGACCUAAAUGAGUGAAGUCACAAAUGGUUGGACGGAACGUGAAUCAAAUCUGCACAAACCACACCUACAACACAGCUUGGAUUUGUAGUGUGAUAUUUGAAGUUAUACAAGAGAAGAGCAGUUUAUUCUUGAGCCAUGAAGCUUAAAAAAGUGGCAGCUGGGGGGCUGAAUGAGCGAGACAAAGCCAUACACACACACUGUGUUUCUGUUAUCUGCAUGUGUGUGCGCCUGUGCGUGCUUGUGUGUGUUACAUUGCAGGGAUUUGCACUGAUUCACCUCAGCCCACGCACACACUGGUUUUUUGCUACAUGGUAUGAGGUCCAAGUAUGGGAGGACAAACACACAGAGACACACACACACACACAUGCAUUGCACUGCCAUUUGAAAUAGUGGGUCAGAUUAGUUUCCAUGUAGCUCCACCAACCAAACUGUAUUUUUCUUUAAGGAACAGGGAUGUUGUAAAGUAUUUUUGUACAAAUUUAAUACUUUGGUAGCAUGACGUUCCUGGUGUUUGUCCUCUACUUCCCUCCUCCACCCUCUUUGUAUCAACGACUACUGAGUAUCAAUAAAGUCAAUGACCUGC